CGCGGGGCCUGCGGCGCCUGCGAGCCUGGGCCUGAGGGCGUCGGGCCGGUGCGGGUCGCUGGGCUUGGGCUUGGGCUUUGGGCCUAACCUCGGCGCGGGCGGGACGGGACGGGACGGGCCGGGACGGGCAGGAUGAAGCAGAGCUCCAACGUGCCGGCCUUCCUCAGCAAGCUGUGGACGCUGGUGGAGGAGGCCCACACCAACGAGUUCAUCACCUGGAGCCAGAAUGGCCAGAGCUUCCUGGUGUUGGACGAACAGAGGUUCGCGAAAGAGAUCCUGCCCAAGUACUUCAAGCACAACAACAUGGCGAGCUUCGUGAGGCAGCUGAACAUGUACGGCUUCCGCAAGGUGGUCCACGUGGACUCGGGGGUGGUGAAGCAGGAGCGCGACGGCCCGGUGGAAUUUCAGCACCCGUAUUUCAAGCAGGGCCAGGACGACCUCCUGGAAAACAUUAAGAGGAAGGUGUCCUCCUCCAAACCCGAAGAGAACAAAAUCCGCCAGGAGGACUUAUCGAAAAUCAUCAGCAGCGCACAGAAGGUUCAGGUGAAGCAGGAGACCAUCGAGUCCAGGCUGUCGGCACUGAAGAGGGAGAACGAAUCUCUCUGGAGGGAGGUGGCAGAACUGCGAGCCAAGCACACGCAGCAGCAGCAAGUCAUCCGGAAGAUUGUCCAGUUCAUCGUGACGUUGGUGCAGAAUAAUCAGCUCGUCAGCUUGAAACGUAAGAGGCCUCUCCUGCUCAAUACCAACGGCGCCGCCAAGACCAACCUGUUCCAGCAGAUCGUGAAGGAACCGGCCGAAAACAACCAUCACAAACCUUCGCACAGUAGGCCCGAGGGUUUAAAGCCGCGGGAGCAGAUUUCCGAUGACAUCAUCAUUUACGACAUCACCGACGACACGGCGGACGAUAUCACGGAUGAAGAAAAUGCCCCGGUGACUCCCGAAACCAACGAGGACGGCCGUUCCGACGAGUCGAACUGCAGCCACUCCCCCGACAUCGUCAUCGUGGAAGACGACAACGAGGACGACUUCGCCCCCGUGGUCCAGAGCGGGGAGAAGCCCCCCGAGCCGCCCGGCGCCCCCGCCGCCGACCCCUCGAGCCCCGCCGGCGACGCGGGCGGCCCCCUCAUGUCCGGCGCCGUCCAGCUGAACGGCCCGUCCGCCCUGACCGCCGAAGACCCCGUCUCCAUGAUGGACUCCAUCCUGAACGAGAACAUCAACCUCCUGGGGAAAGUCGAGCUCCUGGACUACCUGGACAGCAUCGACUGCAGCCUGGAGGACUUCCAGGCCAUGCUCUCGGGGAGACAGUUCAGCAUAGACCCGGAUCUGCUGGUGGACCUUUUCACUAGCUCUGUUCAGAUGAAUCCCACAGAUUACAUCAAUAAUCCAAAAUUGGAGACCAAAGGUUUGGAAGCCACCAAGGCCGGCGGGGUGCAGCCCGCCUCCGAGGGGGCGAAGCACUCGAAGCCCAAAUCUGAUCAACAGCUGAUCCAGUACAACGGCCUUCCGCUGCUGGCCUUCCUGGACGGGAGCCCCGCCGCCUGCCUCCCCCGGAAAAGGGCCGAGGGGGCGGCCCCCGCCGACGGGGCCCCGGGGGUCGACGAGCUCUGGACGGCGGGCCGGACCCCGAAGCCCCCCAGAGCAAGCUCGUGCGGCUUGGAGCCGUUGACCGAGGCCGAAGCCAGCGAAGCCACCCUCUUCUAUCUGUGCGAACUGGCCCCCGCGCCCCUGGACGGCGACGUGCCCCUUUUGGAGAAUUAAGACCCCGCCCCGUUCCCCGUUCCCCGGUCCGUCUCUCCCCUCCCCGCCGACCCCUCCCCGGAGGCGGACUCCGUGCGUGUGUGCGUGUGCGCGUGGGUAUUCAUCAAAAUGAUGAAGUAUUUAUUUCAAGUA